AUGAACGGAUCCUACUCGAUGCAGGCUGUAGGGCCAGAGAACGGGACUGUGUUUAAAGAGUCCUUCAAGUUUGUGUCUGAGGUGAAGAGGGACGUGUGGAAGGACGCUGGAGAGGAGCGACCAGUGCCCUCCUGCUGCCUCAGUGUCAGCAACAUCUCCUACACAGUCAGUGAGCGUCUGGGUCCAUGGUGGGACUUGCCCUCCUACAAAAGGCGCUGGACCCGUCAGAUCCUCCAUGACGUCUCCUUCCACGUCGACAGUGGGCAGAUCAUGGGUAUACUGGGCAACUCAGGCUCAGGGAAGACCACCCUGCUGGAUGCCAUCUCAGGGAGGAUUGGAAACUCGGGCACGUUGUGUGGCGAGGUUUUCAUUAAUGGCAGGAAACUGAACAGAGAGCAGUUUCAGGACUGCUUCUCCUACGUGUUGCAGAGUGACAACCUGUUGAGUUAUCUGACAGUGGAGGAGACUCUGACCUACACAGCCCAGCUGGCCCUGCGGAAACACUCAGCUGAAGCCAUCAAGAAGAAGGUGUCGGCAGUGAUGGCGGAGCUGAGUCUGAGUCAUGUGGCCCACAGUGUGAUUGGAGGUCGUGUUUUCCCAGGGAUUUCUGGUGGGGAGAGGAGGAGGGUCUCCAUUGCCAGCCAGCUGCUUCAGGACCCCAAGGUGAUUCUAUUGGACGAGCCGACCACGGGGCUGGACAGCAUGACUGCCAAUCAGAUUGUGGUGCUGCUGGCAGAGCUGGCCAGGAGGGACCGUAUCGUCAUAGUAACCAUUCACCAACCACGCUCCGAGCUCUUCAGGGUAUUCAGUAGGAUAGCCAUCAUGAGUUGUGGAGAGCUGGUGUUCUGUGGGCAGCCAGAGGAGAUGGUGGACUUCUUCAGCCAGUGUGGAUAUGAGUGUCCGGAGUACUGCAACCCCUUUGACAUCUAUGUUGACUUCACCUCGGUGGACACACGCAGCACUGAGAGGGAGGCGGCCACAUUCAGUCGCAUGCAUGAAAUCACCUCAUCCUACCAGGCCUCUGCCAUCUACCAGAGCAUGCUGGGAAGAAUGGAGCAGAUCCUGCAGCAGGCGGAAAAACCUGCCAUCCCCUUUAAGAGCAAGGAGUCACCCAGCAGUGCUGCCAAACUUGGAGUUCUACUCAGGCGGACGGUGCGGAACCUGUCCAGAGACAGGAUGGGUGUUCUGAUGCGUCUGUCCCAGAAUCUGAUCUACGGUCUCUUUGUGGCCUUCUUCGUCAUGCAUUUAGACAGUGAUGUCACCAAGGGUGCUGUACAGGACCGCAUCGGCAUCAUCUAUCAGUCUGUUGGCGCUUCGCCCUACACUGGCAUGCUGAACGCUGUGGCUCUCUUCCCGGCGUUGCGGGCCAUAAGCGAUCAGGAGAGUCAGGAUGGACUGUACAGCAAAUGGCAAAUGUUCCUGGCUUACAUCUUCCACAUCCUGCCCUUCAGCAUCAUCAGUGUCUUCAUCUUCACUUCCUUCCUCUACUGGACAGUGGGGAUGCAUCCAGACAGCAUGCGCUUCCUGGGGUUCUCUGCUGUGGUCCUGGUGCCUCAUAUUGUAGGUGAGCUGCUGACUGUGGUGCUGCUGGGAGUGGUUCAAGACCCCAACAUGGUCAACAGUGGAGUGGCUCUGCUCAACAUUGCUGGCAUCUUGGUGGGCUCCGGCUUUCUCAGGAGUACCGAGCAGAUGCCGCAGGUCUUUCAGUGGCUCAGCUACCUGACUUUCCAGAAGUACAGCUGUGAGCUGCUCAUCGUCACUGAGUUCCACGGACUCAACUUUACAUGCAGGUACGCCAGACCGCUGCCAGGGGCCUGUCUGAUCUCCCAGGGCGAUCAGAUCAUUGACCAGGGCUAUCCCGGCGCUCUGUCCCGAUACACACUAGACUUCAUUCUCCUGUACUCCUUCCUCCCCGCUCUCCUGCUGCUGGGCAUGGCCAGCUACAAGAUCAGAGAUUACCUCGUACGGCACUAA